CUCAACGUAUCCGCGAUUCCGAACAAUCCGGCCAAAUUCGCUGGAUCGGGCUUUGAGGGAUUUGGCUUUCCAUCUGCGCCACCCUCCGCAAGGCAGCAACGUAACCAACUUCAAUCCCUCCAUCCUCCCACUCCCAACUCUCCACCUGUACACAACCAAUACACCUCGCAUCCCCUCAUCGCACACAUCACCAUGGGCCUCAUGAACGACGAAGAGUCUCGGCUGUCGUCAGACGCGGCCGAGUCGCUGCCGCUGUACGAGGAGCACCACGACGUCAGCGAGCACGACCUCAAGACGCCCGAGGACAAGGCGACGCCGGACCAGGUGCGCGACUACCUGGUGGCCGUGAUGCGGUCGCGAGGCUCGGGCAUCGACCAUGCGAGGAGGGUGGCGAGCAAGUGGAAUGCUGGCACGGGGCGGGAGCUGCGCACUUAUCCUGUGUCUAUGUAUCGUGAUAUUUUUGGGGCGGAGGACGGCUGGGUUGUGUGUCGCGAAGUGCAUCUCCGGAGGUUUACGCAGGAGCGCAAAGAGCAUCCGCUUCGGCGAUUCGUUGCAGGAAUUGUGUUCUUGGUCACGCUCGUCUUCACACUUAUCGCGGCGAUGGUGGGCUGGUUUGCCACGGAUGUCCUCCAGAUUGUCGGCUGGAUGUGCGUCUACAUUGGUAGCAUGGCGACAAUUGGGUCGGGGGUCUUUGCUAUCGUUGAGUUCUUCCAGACACCGGAGAAGAGGGCUGAGGCGUUGCUGCACAGUGGUUGGGGCAAGUCGUCAACUCCGCCUGCGUGAGGCGAGCAGAGCUUUCUAUUACUAUAUUAUUGCUGUCAUGCUUCGAUCAAGGUUCUGGUGGAUCUUUCCUUUGCGCAUGUUCCACUACAGGUGAUGCUGUUGAUGUGGC